UGCGGCAUGCCGACAUCCAUCUGGGUCCGCCUAUCUUAAAAGGAUUAGAUCCAUUAAUGCUCGUAUAUGGUGACUUUGGUAUCUGCACAAAAAUUAUUAGCUCCUCACUUUGAUGCAUUUUUCAUGAUCUUCACAUAAAAUCCUACAUUUGCCGCCGUUGCAGAAAGAGAGAGAACUUAUGGAAGAGAAACUGAAAGUGGUUUUACAUGGAAUGUGGGCAAGCCCUUUCGUUAGAUGGGUAAAGAUUGCCCUUAAUAUCAAGGGCAUAACCUACGAAUAUGUUGAAGAAAGCAUGACAAGAAAGGGUCAAUUGCUACUUGAACACAAUCCAGCUUACAAGAAAGUCCCUGUGCUUGUCCAUGAUGGUCAACCUAUUGCUGAGUCAUUAGUCAUCGUAUGUUAUAUUGAUGAAACUUGGAAGGGUUCACCUCAGCUCUUGCCGCAGGAUCCUUACUCACGAUCUAUGGUGCACUUUUGGGCAGAUUUCAUGCUGAAGCAGCUUCACAUGUCUCUCAGAAAGCUUGUAGCUAGUCAUUAUGAAACAGAAGAAAAAAAGAGCAUUGCGGAAUUCCAAAAGAACAUGAACAUUUUGGAAGAAAACGUGGAGAUUAUAUUUCCAUGCGACGUACCUUCCUGUGGUCAAGAUAUGGGCAUGUUAGACAUGUUACUUUCUACUUUGCCAAACGUCAUCUACGCCAUUGAAGAAGCUUUGAAUGUGACGUUAAUGGAACCUAAAAAAUAUCAAUCGACAUUCUCAAGGAUGGAAGCUCUUUCUCGUCUUACUGUAGUAAAAGACACGGCCCCAUCUCAUGAGAAGUUGGUCAGAUUUUUUCGAGCUUAUAGGCAUUAUUAUUGCGAUAAAAAGUAGAGAACCUCAUUGUAUUAGUACUCAAAUUAAUACGCUUUUGAACUCUUACUGAACCGCAAUAUGUGAAUUCGACCCAGAAUAUUGAGAAUUUGGACUAAAGCUAAUUGAAUUGUGAGAUAAAAGACAGAAUUUUCAAGGAA